CUUUUCGCACACGUUCAGUACACACGAACCGUGUCCGUCCGCUGUCGAUUUACACACAUUCGGGUAGAUGCGGUCCAAUGAAGAUGACGAUGAAGAAGACGAUGACAACAAAAACAAUAACAAACAAAGUCGACGGGGUGCACGUAUAAUAAUAAUAUAUCAUAGUGUUGUGUGCGAUCCAUUCGCGUCCGUUAUUAAACGUCGGUAAUGAUUAAUGUAUACCUAUAUCGGCACGAUACAUAAAAUUUUAAUAGUGUUCUGUAGUCAUUUACGGCGCCCGUCGUCACCAAGAGCAGUGCGAGGAGGAUUUAGUGCGCUGCAAAGGACCCGAGAUGGGAGACGCCAAGUAUGAUAAUCAUGAAAACAGACUGAUGUUCAGUUUACAACAAAUGAUGAACUCAGAACAUUUCGCAGACGUUGUUAUAUGCUGCGCGGACGGAUACAAAUUAAGAGCCCACAAAGUCGUACUAGCGUACUGCAGUUCUUAUUUGCAAACGCUGUUUCUCAGCCAUCCUGGACCGGACGACAGCGUCACAAUCAUCCUGCAGGACGUCGGGCACGAGGAUGUGAGUCGCGUCCUGGAGUUUGUGUACACAGGCGCGGCCGUCGUCCCAGGACACAAGAUGGACGGUUUCGUGACGGCUGCAGGUGCGCUGGGAAUAGGGCCACUACUGGACCCGAGGCGGCACUUGGAGAUGUCCACGGUCCAGCCACAAGCUCCUCGCCACCCGUGCUCUCCGCAAACGGUCAUGUAUGACCCGACGCCCCUGACGACGCCACCGCAGCAGCAGCACCCUUAUUGCAGGGUCCGUCAGCCACCCAGGACCACAGGCAUCCUGACGCCGUCGCCUUGGGCCCAGAAUUCCCGGCCGCCUUGUGCCACUCCCAGAUACUCGGCUCCGAAGACGGUGCAACCCGACCCCCUGGUGAUACCGGUACACCCGCCGACCACAACCGCAGUUCAGGUUACGGAAAUCCAAAAAGCACCGCUUCCUAUUCCACUGCCACCAACGCCACCGGAAGAGCCAACAAUUGUUUCAAUACCACCGUCACCGUCAACCGACAGUGACAGGGACACGAACCAAAAACCAAAAGUUACCAGUGAUGCUAACAAUAAUGGGAUCCCGGAGAAAGACCGAAAUGCGAACCAAACAAAAAGUCACGUUUGUCAAGAAUGUGGGAAAACUUUUGUAACCAAAGCGUCUCUUAAGAUCCACCAGAGGACCCACACGGGCGAGAAACCGUUUGUGUGCGAGUCGUGUGGAAAGCAGUUCAGCCAACUGCGCAACUACAAGUACCACAGGUCCGUGCACGAGGGCACCAGAGAGUUCUCCGGAAGCUGUCCGGAGUGCGGUAAGCUGUUCAACGACCGCGGGUACCUGAGCUCACACAUGAAGAUUCACCGGAACCGGAAGGAGUACGAGUGCGAGUAUUGCACGAAGAGCUUCAACCAGCGGGUGGCGUACAACAUGCACGUGCGCAUACACACGGGCGAGAAGCCGCACAGUUGUCACCACUGCGGCAAGUCGUUCACCAGGAAAAUGCUGCUCAAGCAGCACCUGCGCAUACACACUGGCGAAAAGCCGUUCUCGUGCGCCGUGUGCCACAAGCCGUUCGCCGACCGGUCCAACAUGACGCUGCACAUGCGCCUGCACUCGGGCGUCAAGCCGUACGCGUGCGCGGUGUGCGCCAAGUCGUUCACCAAGAAGCACCACUUGAAGACGCACAUGAACUACCACACUGGCGUCAAGCCGUACUCGUGCGACAAGUGCGGGCUGAGCUUCAGCCAGAGUAGCAACAUGAGGACGCACCUGAAAAAGUGCAGUGCCGUCGCGACGCCGCCACCUCCGUCGCAGUCGCCGCUGAACGCCACAGUGGCGGCACUGGCCGCACGGCACGACUGAACGAGUACGACGUCCCUUGCGUUUCUUCACAAAUCGAAACGGUUUUCAUCUCACCACUUUCCGAUUCGGCCUUCUUCCUCUUACUACGCCCGCGACUGACCACAAACACCGUCGCUUUGUAGCUAUACAAACGUUAGGUUAUGUAAUUAAUAUAAAUAAUUUAUGAUUUUGUGUAAUAUACAUGUAUGUAUGACUUAUAAA